CAUUGUUGGUCAGCGGCCUGUAAAACAGCGCAAAAUCCUGAGGACUCCGAAGUUUACCUCUUCGGCUAGAUUUUCCGAAGUUUUCCGAAGAUAAGGAGCGACUUGAAGGCGGGAAAAAAAUUGACCCUUCCUCUGCUUUGCUUUGUUACUUUAUAUCACAGUAAAAUCAGAAUGUAGACUCAUAAAACGAGGAAGUAUUUUCAAAUGUGUUUUACGCCUAAAAUUCAAUGGACAGUGCUUCUGGUUGGUUCCUUAGUUGCGUUGGAGACAUAACAGUGUGGAGGUCACGCACAGGCGAUUAUAAUAACACAAAAGAACUAUAUUAGAUGCCAAUGUAAGCUUACUUAUUUUCAUUCACUGCUGUACAUUUUACUUUUCAAAACACACGAUCGAGGGACAGAUAGCUUGAAACCAACUACAGUGAUCACGACAACAUCAGAAGCUUCCUUAUAUUAGGCAGCUCUUGGUCUUUAAAUGGUGAUUUGUUUGCUUCUUCAUCAAAGGAUCGUCUUUGGUUUAAAAUAUUGUUAUCUGACUGUGGUUUCUCGAAACACAGUGCUAGAAAAAGUUGGAUUCACCACGUUAAAAGGUUAAUCUUGCAAUUUACCAUCCAUAUUAUGGUGCAGCCGACGUUUUGUUCUGCACUAUGUAUGGUAGUCAGUUGGUUUCGCAUCAACUUCUCAUCAAGCAGCACAGCUGUGCGUGAAACCGAGCAUUGAAUUGAGUAAAUACAGCUCUUGACAUUAGAAACCUACUCGAAAUACCUCGCUUAAUCUAGAAAACGUUACUUUCGGAUGUGAUGUUUGCGUGAAAAACUAACGAGAUAAUUAAAAAGUUCAGAACAAAGUUAAAAGGAAUCGAAAAGAUAUUAGCAACUUGCUUAACGUCAGCAUGGGGGAUAAUACUACCAACGACAGAGUGACGAUGUUAAAUGAAACUAGUGAUAUUGUUGGCGUCCACGAAAAGAAAAAGCGGAAAAAUGUCAAAAGGACAAAAUCUGUGCCAUCUACAAAGGAACAAGGAGAUGAUUACUUACGACAAGUUUCAAGCUACAGCUAUCAUCAUGGUGACCAACCCGUUCGCCAUGUACAGCUUCCUCUCGAAACCAUGGGAAGUCGCGAGAAACUCAUUCAGAUACAUGACGAGUUGCGGAGUAAUCAUCCUUCGGAAAUAAACAAAGAUGAAAAAGAUAUUCGGAAAUUAGCCUUACAUCUCGCAAUAAGCAAAUCAUCUGAGGGAAAAAAUAACAAGUUUAUGCACUACGAUUAUAUUUUAGUUCAUAAAUUAGGUGACACGAGAAACCUUCAAGAGAAAUUGAGAAAGAAAUACGAGUCUGAACUGCAUGCUCAAGGGUUCAGAGUGGAGAGAAAAUAUACCGCAGAGAAAACAUUUGUUACUUUACAUUGUUCGUUUGAGAGACUUUGUGAAGAGGCAGAAAAAGUGUCAUUGGAAAUGCCUUUAGCUGGGGUAAGACUGCAUGAAUCUAUACCAUUUAUGCUUGAAGUAUGAAUGUUACCUUUGGAAAACAAAUGGCCAUAGAUAAACCAGAGGAAUACUGAGAUGAUUAACAAAUAUCUUGGUCAUCUUUGAGGUUAGGAUGUCUCAGAAAAUUAAGACCUCCUGACCUUGAAAACUUUGACCUUGAAAUCUAAGACUUUGAAAAACUGUAAUCUGAAAACCAAGACCUCUUGAAAAUGGAACGUGAAAACUAACACCUGAAUACACCUUUGCUAAAGGAGAUGCGUUUUCAUGCGGUUUUGAAUGACGGGGACUAAGUUUUCGUGGUCUUAGUUCAGUUUUGAGGUCGUUUGAUUGAGUUGGAGUGGUGAGGUUGGGUGUUAGACAAAACUUGACUGUGACAUGUCACAGUCAUUUUAAAGUCUUUAUUUCAUUCCAGUGGGUCUUUCUUAGCACCUUUCAGGAGCACCCAAUGUCAAUUUUCGGAAAAUAUCUGUUCGGAAGACGAUUUGAGAUCUAGAAUUUUCGGAACAUUUGUUGUAAAAUUUCCUGCUUGCCUUCCUCUCCUAGGAUUUUCAAUCAUCUGAAAAAUGUUAUAAUUGCCAAUUUUUAACGGAUUUUUACCCUAAGGAGGUCACCUAAAAUUUUCGGGAGCCUUUUCUUUGGCUGAAAUUUUCAAAAAGGUAACUCUUGAUCCCUAUGAUUUUCGGAUCACUAGACUUUCAGCUGGGAAAUCCGAACAGAUGAAGAAAUUUUAGGGGAUAAAAAUAUGCCUAUAUACGUUUAACAGUGCUAUGUUUAAGUGGUUUUGAACUAUAUUCUCGUUGGGUGUCCCUGAACUUUGGUUUCAAGCUAGAGGUUCUUGUUUUUGAGCUCUUAUUAGGUCUUAGGUCUUAGUUUUUAAGACACCCCUGAGGUUUAAGCUGUCUAGUGUCAAGAUGACACACACUAUGGUAGAUCUAGGAUUGAUUUUAAGGGGGUUCAAAACAACCAACCACUGAAAGGCAGAGUAGUUAAAUUGGGUGCACACUUAGCUGAUAAAUUUGGAAUGUGAGUCCUUAGAAAUCCAUUUUACAUUAUUCUGAAAUAGGGGUAGAAUCUUCACAUUAGUUAUCAAGUGACCAAUGGAGUAAAUAUGUAAUGGAAAAAACUGUUGGGGAGGGGGAGGGGCUUCAUUUGGGAGGUUGUCAGGUACAUUUAAUAGUUUGUGUGGUUAAGUUAACCGUAGCUAUAUAGUCGCUGUGAUAGGUAAUGAACAGUUUGCAACAAAGGAGUGGCCUCGAUAGCAAGGGUACUAGGGAUCUGCCAUAUUAAGAUCUGAGAUAAAAACUAAUAAAAAGUGGGAAAAAGACAUCACUGUCCUUGUAGUAAUAGUUAAAUUUCAACCCUGUUUGCCGUAGAGCCUCCAGUGGCUCAGUGGUUGGAGCGUCCAAACUAGAACUUGAAGGGUCAUGAGUUCAAUAUUCUCACCUGGAGCUCGGAAUUUUUUCUGAGCUUUCUGGUAUAAGAAUUCUCCUUUUUCCAAAUAAUAUAAUAAUAAUUGCAUUUGUAUCCAUGUAUUUCUUUAUUUUCAGUAUGUUGUACCAGAUACAUCCAAAAAUAGCUUGUGGAAACAAUUUUGGGAUCAUUUUAGAACUGAUGAUGAAGGUAACAAAGUACUGAUCAUAGCGUUGCUCAUAAUAUAAUCAGGUGUGGGUCUGAGUAGUAGUAUAUUAUGGUACAAAGUACUGAUCACAGUGUUGCUCAUUAUGAUAAAAUAUCAGGUGUGGGUCUGAGUAGCAGUAUAUUAUGGUACAAAGUACUGAUCACAGUGUUGCUCAUAAUAAUAUAAUCAGGUGUGGGUCUGAGUAGUAUUAUAUUAUUGUACAAAGUACUGAUCACAGUGUUGCUCAUAAUAAUAUAAUCAGGUGUGGGUCUGAGUAGUAUUAUACUAUUGUACAUUCAUGUCCGGCUGUCUUUCUAAAUUCUGCAGAAUCUUGGAUGAUUAUUUAUUGUGGGCUGUUAAUUCUCCAAUUGGCUCUCUGUCAACUUUCUAUGUUUUUUCUGUUUGUUUUUGUUCUCUUUUUGCUAUUUUUAUUCUUGUAUUUCUUUUUUAUUACCACUCUAUUUAUUUCAAUGGAGAAUUGGCCACUUACAGCUAUACUCUUAUUUCUUGCAAUAUUAUUAUAAGCUGCUUUACAUUAAGUUUGCUCUGCAGAAAGUAUUAUUAAGCUUAUUUUCACUUUUUACGUCUCUGUACUAUGUGUACAGAAAAAUUGUCUUUAACAAAAGGUGAACUCCUCCAUUUGCAGUUGAUUUUGUCAGUGCUCCAUUCUGUGUUUCAAAGUCUCAAAUAUAUGAGGGAAUAGAAAAUCCUGACACAUUCUUCAGGCCUGCUUUGAGAUCCUUGCUGGUGAGUGUUGCAGUGUUAGUAUAUUAAUUUUCUUCCACUAAACAAUCCUUCAAACCCUUUUUGUGCAUAUUUAAUUUAAUACAGCCUCCAAUGCUUAAAGCUACAUGUAACAGUGGCUUGUUUGUUUAAGGUUCAUGGCAUUUUGACUGAUGUUGAUGUUAGAGACAAGGAGAGCAAGCAACUUGGUCAGAAUGUACAAGGUAUGUACUAAAAAUAGCAUAGGAAAGAAAUGUUGUGUCACUUCUGUUGAUUUAUCAAGGCUUGAAAAUGUUUCUCUAGUCUUUUCAGUCAUGGGUAAGUUGACAUUAUGAUUUCUUUGUCCAAAGCUGAGGAUUUCUAUCCCAACACAGUAAGUAAAGAAUAACCAUUUCUGAUGGCCUGGGGCUAGUGAAUUCUGUAAAUGGGCUAGUAAAUUUUCUUCUUAACUUUUUGAGCAGAUGGGUAAGUAAAGUUUUUUUGGGGAAUUCAAAUUACAGACUAUUGCUCACCUUAGAAAUUCAGGUGGAUUGAAAGCUGUUUUUCAAGCUGAUCGGACAUUAGUGGAAUAAUAUCAUAAUACUUAUUAUUACAAAUAAUGAAUUCAUAAAGCAGAUACAGACUGUAAUUCACUAAUUGUGUAAUUAGUAUUAAGCAAUAAUUAAUAUUAUUAACCCAUUGGCCCCCUGGAGAUUUUGCCGAAAAACGCGUUUUGAAGCUAGUUGAGCGGUUUUCUGGUCACUGUUGUGCUAUAAAGAGCUAAAACUUAGCACAAAGCCAUUUCAGGUCAUACACUUUGCGACCUUCUGAUCUAGAUGCAACAUAUUAGCUUGCGAAGUUUGUGCGGGCAUGCGCAGAAAGCAAGAUUUGAAGUUUUGGGGUUUAAAAGUGACACAGCAGUCUUGACUUUUACUUUUCGCUUUUCUUGCCUCAUUUUUUUUCUCUUGCUGAGCAUUAAGUAUAUUUCAUUUUGGUGGGAAAAGUUUUUAGGAAAGCUUUUAGAAUCUUAGGAUUAGUUGAAAGGAAAGGUACACCCUGUAGGUGGGUAGUGGAACAAGAUUUUCAUGGAAAUUUUCAGGUCAAUGUUACAUGGUUUUUUUUUUCCUUUUUCUACGGUGUCCUUGACUUAAUUAUGCUCAUUCUGGUAUGGUUUGAAAUAUCUCUUCACUGACUGCACAAGUUAGCGGACAAAGUUAAUCCUUGACCAUUAAAACUGAUGACGUCACAAGUGGUAGAAAGGAUGUGGAUCCGCACAGGUGGUUACGGGCAGCUCAAGGUCAAAUGGGUUAAUCUUGUUUAAUCAAAAACUAUUUCAGGCAAGCUCAAAUGACUCCCAGGCCAGUACAUAGCUAGCCGUGCCAUUCAGCAGCUGGGUGUGUGUGAAUAAACUCACCUCUUUGUACCCAGCUGCCAACUUGUGGCUGAUCUUCAUAAAUAUCGCUGUGGUUGUAAAAGCACAUUUCCUUGAAAUUUUUCCCUUUUGAAAGCGUAAAUUCACAUGAAAGAAUUCAUCCUUUUCAAAAUUAACAUAAAAUGAAAUACAACAAAUCGAGAUGUCAUUAAAAAACCACGAUAUUUCAGUUUGAUGGAAAGUAAGCGAAAGGGUAGGUGAUUUGCAUACUGAUAGAAACAACAUUGAGCACAAUUCGAAACCGUUCAACUUCCCGUUUGUUUUUCUGGCAUUCUAUACAUUCUACUGGCUUACAUCAAUAAAAUAUUUUAUAAAGUCCAAACAAUUUACAAGUUGAGUGAUUGCAAUUCCUACAUGUAUAAAGCGGAGAGUAGUGUGAAAGCUUUUAAUUACCUAUACUUAAGUUAAAUUUAACCUUUGUACCGUGGAAACAAUAUGCUAACACUUCAGUCUAGAGUCAAGGAUGUGACAUGCACAGGUAUCCUUUGUGAGCAUGCAAAUAGUCAUGGGACCCGUGAUUUUACAGGUGGCACGUAACUAUAGGUGGAAUUCCGUAAUGUGACUUCUCGCAAGUCCAUGUUCAACUUAUGCAUGUUCAAAGUAGUGAAACAAUUCAUUUGUUCAGUAGAUACAUACACACAUGAGGGAUGGAUGGCACUUAAUAUUUACUAGUGUGUUUUUAAGAAUUAUUUAUUACUGAAAUCAGUAUUAAGUUAUACAAUUACAAGUAAUUAAAACUUAUAUAGUGCAACUUUCCAUGGCACAUGAUCAAAUGUGCUUUUCAAUAAGUUAAAAGCCUAAAAAUGUACAAAAUUUACAAGCUGGUAAAAAGACUUUAAUAAAAAAAAAAUUAAUAACAAUAAUUAUAAUAUUCAGGUAAAAGGUGAAAAAAAGGUACCGUGAAAAAUGAAAUAAAAUGAUAAUAAAUAAUAAAAAAUAAGAUAAACAAAACAAAUACUCUGCUACAAAUUAAAGGUUUGUUUUAAAAGAUAUGUUUUCAUAUGGCAUUUAAAAUUUGAAAGAGACUUAAGAUUGCAUGUUUCGCUGGGUAGAUUGUUCCAGAGCUUUGGGGCCACAUAACAGAAUGCUUUACCACCGAGUGUUGGGAGCAUCUUGCCGCUUGGAACCUCAAGCAUAAGUUAUAAGCAUUAGCAUUACUAUUGUAUUCUCCUACCUGUGUCUCGUUUUGACAUCUCAGCAUCAUUUAUAAAGUAUUCACUCUGUAUUUUUAACGUUUUUCGAUUGAUCAGUUUCUUCGUAUGUUAAGUGAUGACUUUUAACCCCUUUUUCGUUCCUGACUCGAGAUCACUAGUUAACGGUACCAGUUGUGCAGGUUGGUUUUGCCAUUUUUUAUCCUGUGAUUUCACGUACGUUACGCUUGUUUUUGCAUCAUCGUACUUUUAUUUGUCAACAAACCAAAAUUAUUAACCUUAUGUUUAUGAUGCUUUUUCGUACAUUCAGUGUCCGCUUAUAUGGUGAAACGCUUGUCUUCUUGCCGUUUCUCUGUGGUUUUAUUCAUCUGUAAUAUUAGCCUUACCUUGGUUUUCCAUAAGUUGUUUUGUUCUUACGUACAAGGGUUGACAACUGAUUUUACAGCGCAUGUUAAUUAAUUUGAACCAUAAUUAUAAGGAUUGUCCUUUCUACCUUUUUAACAUUUGUAAAGUAUCGUUGUGGGUUAACACUGGCCAACAUGCGCCUUGUCUGCGUGAAGAUAAUUCUGCGCAGAUAACGUGACUGGCACCUACCUGUUAGUUUUUUUCAACCUCUGAUCUCACAUGUAUCCCAUAUGGUGGCCAUUAGAAAACCUCUCCAACCAGCCUUUACGUAGCAAAACUGAACCUACUAUUUUUUGAGUAUCUCAGAAUGUUGUAGUUUUCUUUGAUAAAGAUAUGUUCAUUAUAAAAUCGCUACUAGUAGCUCUGCCCUUGAUGAAGACUUUUUUUGGGGGGGAGCAGUAAUGCCCUUUGGAAGAUGGUAUAAGCUCACUAUAAACUGUAAAAUGGUCUGUAACAAAAAAAAAAUGCAAUUUAAGAAGCAGGAGAUAAAAUGACUGUUACAUGUAAGUCUCCUUGGACUGACACUAGUGUUCAUCUUAGAGAGUCAGGUAAACUGACUAAAGAAUAAGGAAACAGCUGUAUUUGUUCUUCUUAGUGGCUGGGAUACAUGUCUGCCUCAGAGAGUAGUAACAUAAAGUGACUGAAGAAAGGUCAGGAUCAACUAUAGGUGUAUGCAGUCUUAGUUAUUGAGGUGUCCAUCUUAGAGAGGUGUCAGAGAAGAAGUUGAAUGUACAUCAUUUUUGAAGUUUUCAUGUUUGUAACUGCCAGAUUAAUUAAUCUCUCUUAUGUUGUUCUAUUAAUGCCAGGUCUGGGGUACAUGCUUAUUGAAGGAGCUUACACUGAUGCAUUUAUUGUCCACGAAAAGUCUGUUUAUGAUUCAAAGUUUCCACUCAGUGAUGCGGGUGAUGACAAUAGUUUUCUUCAUGGUCAGGAUAUUGCUGAUCCUCGCAAGGCCUUACAAGAGACAUGGCUGAAACAUUUCAGAUAUCAACCACUUUGGAAGAUCAGGAAUUAUUUUGGAGAGAAAAUUGCUCUUUAUUUUGGGUGGCUUGGUUAGUAAUGAUGAGUAAUCUUUGUUCAAGUUGUAGUUCCCUUAUAACAAAACUGAUUUUGUCUGAUUAUUUUUCAGGGCUGCUUACUUCUUCCCUAAUCAUACCUGUGUUUCUUGGUUUUGCUAUUUUCCUUUGGGGUCUUAGCGUGGCGUAAGUAUUUUGAUGAUUAGCAAAGUAUUUUCCAAGAAUUAUGCAGGUCUUAAGGCAAGUGUUUGUUCAAUGAGGAUAACACCUGCCCCUGAGAUCUGCAUAAUUCUUUACAUAAAUUAAGAAAGCCAUUUCCAAUUAAUAAUAAUUUGUUUUAUUAUUCAUUUAAAUGAUUCAUACUUUAAAAUAGUCAUGCUUGCCUUGAUUGUGAUAAAGGUCUUUAAAUCUUAAUUUCCUCUGCAAUUUCAGGAUAUAAAGAGAUGAUUAGUCUAGCCAAUAUUCUUCAAAUAGCAGUUUUUAUCCAUUGAGUCCUAUCUUUGCUGUUCUUGCUAUGCAAUUAAACAGAAGUUCAGCUGUUUCUUCUCUGCAAAACAUCAUUUUGAAAUUAAAAGCUAUUUUCUCCAGCCCUUUCAAAACUACUGAGCUAAUGUAAAUCUUGUUACCAGGGCUUCCCUUCUGGUGAUUUAUUAUUCGCCUGUGCAUACUAUUUUCUCAUAGAUGAACUGACUGAACCUUCUAUGCCUGUUUCUAUCCUUUGCAUGCCUGGGCUACACGGCUAUGAUCUCCUCCCAUCUGCAAACUAUACAGUUUUUUGAUAAAGUCUUUCUUCUUGUGCUAUUCUGUACCUUGCUGCUCUUAUGAUCUUUUGUUCAGCUACAAGAGUGGGCUACUAUCCUCUUUUUUUGUUGUGGGCUGUACUUUAUACAGGCGUAUAACAGGUGGUUUAAUUUCAUACUUUGUGAAGUAAUUAGACCUAAUUAAAGUAUGGCAGGUCACAUACAUUUGAAAGCAUGCACAUGUAUGAUUAUACCAACCCCAUACCGUAAUAAGUGCAUUUUUUUUCGCAUUAGAAUUCAAAGUAUGCUUGUAGUAAUAGGGGUUGUUCAUCAAGUUUAUAGGUGGCAAAAGUUCCCUUGAUGUAACACGAGUAGGAUUUGAACUACUCUAUGCUUUAAUAAAACGCAAGUUUAAAUCUUACUGUUUGUUCCUCAUAAUUUUUUUACCGUAACCACAGGGGAAGAAGUUAGGACAAGACAGAGAAAUAGACAAAUGUUGUUGAUAAUCAUGACUCAACAAUCCCUGCAAUGGAGACAAAUAAAGAACUUUAGCUUGGCUAUUUCCACAGAACUGGUUUAGAAACUUAGUGGCAAUCCAUUGCUAAAUAACUUUCUUUGCAGGAAACAUUUAGAGCUUCUGGGUCUGCUUCACAAGGCUUAUGAAGUUCACACUAGCAUUUUAGAAAAAGAAAAAGGAUUCCUUUUUGGGAUUUCAGUAAACAAGCAGCCAUUCAAAACCAAAGUUUGCAUGUUAAUGUGCUGGCUAUCAUCUUCUGAUUCUGCUGUCGUACGUAUUUAAUUGACAUUUCUUUUCCAGAAAUUGUGUUUAGAUAGGGCAUAAGUAAGCUAGUAAGGAAGGUUGGAACUAGACUUAACAAUGUACUUCGCUUUCUUUGAAGGUAUUGCAUUACCAUGGGCAAAAAGUAGGCUAAUUUAGGUAAAAUAAUAGACCCGUUUUUUUAAAGUAAGAUUCAAAGAUACUCAAGGUCUACUUACUUUGCUAGUAUGAACCCACCUACUAUAAUGGUCACUUUGGUCGUCAAGAAAUCUUCUCUCAUUGCAAUAUUUACAGCUUUUUGAACCAGCCACAGUUGUUCAAUAAGGUUGACAUUAGCCACCAGAUAAAUCACUAUCCAAUCAAUAAUGCAGUUACUUUUCCUAGCUAAUACUGCACUUAUCCACUGAAAUAUGUUAAUUGAUCUGGUGGAUUCUAGCACAAUCCAACUUUUGAACACCUGGCACCUGGUUAAAAUAGACAUGUUUAGGCAAAUGAACAGGUUGCUAAACUCUAUUGGUUUGAUAUGCUGAUUUGAAGCUUUAAAGAACUGGGUCAAAGUUCAUCGUUCCUCUGACUAAUUUAUGCCCUGUUGAUGGUCCAUAAAGCUGUUAGUGUUGCAUUAUUUUGAACAAGAUUUCUUUACAACCAAAGGAACCUCAUUUAAAGAACGGUC